GAGAGCUAUUAGCUGUGCGCUGCAAACAUCAUUAGGAGGGGAGACGCUUUCAACCGUCAGCGCCGGAGCAGAGCAGGGGAGCCCUGGCAACAAGGAGAGACAAACUCAGCUGCCCGUUACACCCUACAGGAAUGCUGACAGCACCUGCAGAUAGACAGACGUGGACAGACGGCGCAGACACCCGGAACGCUUCCCUCCCAUUGGUGGAGAGAUCCAGACUUCACACCAGGAACUGCAGCUCCAGUCGGUCGUCAGCUCUCAACUGAGCAGCAGGCUCCACCUACUCCGCCCAAGUAGCUCUGCCUCCUCUACUCAGGGAGUGCUGAGUCCCUGAGUCAACACACUGCAUUCUGGGAUAGUCUGGAACCCUCUCCAUGGGCUGUACCACCUGCUGACAAACCAGGGGGGUCUGGAGGAGCUGUGUUGAAUGAGGAUUGUGCUGGGUGUCGGCAGGCUUGCUUUUGCAGGGAAAUGAUUCCGCAUGAAGUGCGACGCACUCGGCCCCCCGUCGUCCUCGGCGGCAGCAGCAGGUGUGACGUCGUGACACUCUCCCCUACCACACUGAGCUCACCCUUCAGCCGCUAAAGACCCCUGGACCAAACAGACCGCCCUACCCCUCCCCUCUAACCACCUCUCCAUAUCUUCAUCUCCAUCUUUAAUCCUUCCUCACCUGCUUGGUAGGGCCUGGAUUUUCUUUGUUAUCAAAGAAAAAGACCUGGUUCAACGGCCUUGGGUGAAGUGGAUAGAGAGUGAAAGAAAAAAAAGUGUGGGAAAGUUCAUUCAUCGUUAAUUAAAGUGAGACAAGGGGCAGAUUAUCAAAAGUGAGAAAAAGAGAAAAGAAAGUAAAAUAGAAAGUUAGAGAGAGAGAGAGAAAACAAAAAAGGAAGAUAAAGCUAUAGAAGUCCAAAAAUUAAGGAAUUGCAAGUACAGUUAAGGGACGUGAGGCGAAGUCAGCAUGAAGUCCAACCAGGAACGCAGUAAUGAAUGUCUGCCCCCAAAGAAGAGGGAGAUUCCCUCAAGUACAUUACCAUCUGAAAUUCGCUCACCCAUCAUGCCACCUGCCAGUGACAGCCAGCGCACAGAGAACAUGGCCUGGCUCGCCAGUGUGGCUGGUGGCAAUGAGAGUGGCGUGGGUGGGCACCGUAGCUCCAGUCAGUCUGACGGGCCCCAGUAUAAAUCCCUCUUCUCCACAUCAGACACUUCAUCCUCCUCUUCCUCACUGAGGUUAGUCUCAUCUCUUCCUACAGUGUAUACAUCCCCUCUGUCACAGUCUACAGUUGGAGGAACUGUCCAUUACACCCAACUGCCUCCCAACCUGCAGUUUAUAGCCUCCCCCUACACUGCCCCAUACACAGGCUACAUCUCCCCUCAACUGCUUCCACCUCCUCCUCCACCUCCCCCCCUCUCCUCCUCCUCUUUGGCCGCACAGAGACCCUCACACACAGAGACAGUCUGUGCUCCUUCGCAGGCCUCAAAACAUGACCAGCAGAGAGCAUCCACGGGGCGUACCUCCAUGCCUCCACCUUCUUCAGACCCUGCCCCUCACCAUGUUCAAAUGUCAACCUCCCCACGGACUGUGCCGUCGCCUCAUCACCAAGGAGGCGUUCACCUUUCUCCCCACUCACUGCACCACCACCAUACUUUGGGGCAUGGGAUGUCCCAGGUUGUGGUACAGUACACGGAUGGACCCACCAGGAAAGAGGAGAUUGGCACCAGACCCAGAGAGCUCCACAAUGGAGAGCUGGAAAGGGGCCGGCGGUAUGGAGCAUCCCCUGAGUCCAGCCUCUCCAAGCCAGGGAGCAAAUCACGAGACACCGCUUUGUCCUCCUACGAGGCACGCCAGCUGGUUCUGCCAUCAGAGUACUCUACUCAUGAUCCCUCAGGGCUGAGAACAUCUAUCAUGCUUAUGCCCAACAGCCAUGGGGACCACCAGCUGGUACCACCCAGAGCCAGCCCUGAGAAGGUGACAACCUCUGCACACCUGGAGAAAGGUGGCAUCAUCCUGGGCAAGCCUGUCAAUCGCACAUCCUCCUCCUCCAACACCACCUCCUCUUUCACGUUUCCACCCCCAUUAAGUGUCAACAGCCUGAAAGCUGCUGUCAGCACACUGUCGCCCCAGACCGUUAUCCAGACCACCCACAACGCUACAGAGUCACUGUCAAUGGGGCUCCCCUCCACCAGUAUCUACCCUCAGCCACCAAUCAUUGGUUACAUCGCGGGGGGCAAUGGGAGCCAGCAUACGCCAAUCAGCUACCACACCAGCCUACAACAACACUUACUCAUUCCUGGCGCCCAACCGGUCAUUAUCCCUGUUAGUGGAGGUGGAGUCACCACAUUGGAACCUGUAACUUCCCACGUAACAUCAUCGACCCAAGCCGCACCGUUUCCUACCACACUCCCACACACAUACAUUGCUGCCACUGCCACCAAAGGAGAAACUCUGGAACCCCACAGCGGCCACUAUCACCAGGCCACUUCGAGUGCAGUGGUCCAAGCUCAGCUUCAUCUGCCCAUUGUUCCCGGUCCGCCGGGUCUGGUUGCUCCUUCUGCUCCUCCGCCCACAUCCAGUACAGUGGUGCCCCCUUCACUCCCCCCAUAUUUCAUCAAGGGCUCCAUCAUCCAGCUGGCUGAUGGAGAGCUGAAACGUGUGGAGGACCUGAAGACAGAGGACUUCAUCCAGAGUGCCGAGAUCAGCAGUGAGCUGAAGAUCGACUCGUCCACAGUCGAGCGCAUCGAAGGGAGCCACACCUCACCCAACUUUGCUGUGGUUCAGUUUUCCGUUGGUGAGCACCGUGCACAGGUGAGUGUGGAGGUCUUAGUGGAGUACCCCUUCUUCGUCUUCGGCCAAGGCUGGUCUUCAUGCUGCCCUGACCGGACCACCCAGCUUCUGGAGCUGCCUUGCACCAAGCUGUCUGUGGGCGAUGUUUGUAUUUCACUAACCCUCAAGAACCUGAGGAACGGAUCUCUGAAGAAGACGCAGCCCCUGGAGCUGGCCACCCCUGCUUGUGUCCCAGCCCCCAGCCACGGGCACCUCAAACCCCACAGAGCUGUCUCAGACGCUCCCCAAAGCUGCGGUGGAGGAGGCUCCAGGCACAGCGAGCGGGAGAAUGGCAUCAGCCAGCGAGGGAAGGGUGGAAGUGGCAAUGGGAGUGGCACCAAUGUGGAAAACGGAGAUCUCAUGUUUGGAGAGAGAGGCUUAGUUUCUAAAUGUCAGGUUGCCGGUGGUGCAGAAGCUGGCUCCAGUAAGCCAUCAGGAGGCAGGAAGCGGAGAUGGUCUGCCCCUGAAGGUCGAAAAGUAGAAAAAUCUGAGGAGGAGCCACCCUUGACCCUGCCCAAACCUUCCUUCAUCCCUCAUGAGGUGAAAGUCAGCAUUGAGGGAAGGUCGAAUAUUGGCAAGUGAAUGCUCGCAGGACUGUUAAGUAACCAUUGGGAUUUGGAAAAAAACAGAAAAGGAUUCUACAAAAAAAAUCAUGAAUGCCCACUUUAAUGUUUCAUUUGUCUUGGUUUUAAAGUUUUGUUUUCUGUUUUUAUUUUUCUAUCUUGAAUACUGUACUGUAGAGGUAAAUUUACCCUACAUGGUAUCACCUUACAUUAAGUCCAUGUAGUUUAUAACACUUUUUUUUUUUUUUUGUAGAUGGAUUUGAUAUCACACAAGCAAUCUGUGCCGUUUUGGUGGUUUUCACAAUAUGACUUAUGGUGAGGGAUUAGUGAAGAGUGUUUGUUGGUGGCUGUGUGGCACACAGGAGCAAUGCUUGAUGGCUCUUCUUGGCUGGAUACACAUUGCAGGUUAUGUAAAUUUGAAAUUGAAUUAGCUCUCAGUUAGUUUCUUGACAGUGAUUUCACUCCCUGUGCACUGCUAGUGAGGCCGCCUGGACGAAAAUCUUGCCACGCCAGUGGUUUUACACUGGACCACAGGAGUGAUAUAAUGUCAGCUGAUCCUAAGCAUGAAGGAUUUGUGGGUAAAUCGUGAAAUUUUUCAUCUGCUGAGUGGGAGUAAGAAAAACAUCCUUCUCCUUUUUUUUUUUUAGUAUAAACAUAGCACGUGUUAUUCACCGUGUCAUCAGGGUGUGCCAGACCUGAUCAGUGAUGUCAUCAGGUGGUACCAGUGUGCCACACAAUAGAGAGGGAACAACACUGUUCAGUUUGAUGAUGGUGGAGUCUUUACUUUCAUCUUAUUUCAUUUACAUUUUUUUUUCUUAAACCCCUCGUCUUCUAUCUGACCAGAUAGGUGUUUUCAAUGAUUGUCAAAAACCUUAAUCAGGGGUCAUAUAGUCCUAGAUUGAACCUAGGUGGGUCAUUGUUAAUGUGUAAAUGUGAGAUACCCUAACCUGAUACAUACAAGUGCAAACACACUGGGUUGGCGAGCUUCACUUUAAAAAUAAUGUUAAGAGGAAGACUUCAUACAAUCCUCAUCGUUUUUUGAUGAAUUUCUUUAUAUUUUUUUAAGGAGAAAGGCUGUGUGAGAGAAACUGAGAGAAUCUGCAUGUCAGUUCCGAGAGGGUCGAGAUGAUUCAAAGCACUUAACACACCUGUCACACUCACCAUACAGCCGACACAUAUUUGUUGUCUCUUUAUUUACGCAGUACUGUAUGUUUUAAGAUUUUCUUUUUUAUGUAUAUAUAUCGACAAGGGUAGAAAGUAGCAAUAGCACUUUGGAAAGGUGAAGCUUUUGGAAAAGUGAAGGGGUUGUUUGGUAACGUGGGAGCGGAUGUGCCAUGGAAUCACAACGAAAGGGAUGAUUGUGACAGGUAUUUGAGAAAAUUCCAGUUAGGUUAGAGAAGCAUUUAUGGCGACAAAAGGAAUAAGAAAUAUGAUGUUUUUCUUUAGCAUGUGUGCUUGUACAGCUGGCCAUGCAAAAAGUUAGGGAAAAGUAUUGGAAUGUGUUUUGAAAGAUUGGGAUCUGGUAUAAGGAUUAACAAUGAAAAGGCUUUGAAAUAUCCCACUGAUGUUCUGUACUAGACUAGAGAGCAUUAGAAAGAAGUUCACGCCACAGAAUUUUGAAGGGUGUCAUAUAUUUGUAAUGUAUGUGUGCGUGUGCAUGAUGCUGGUCUGUGUCUGUCCAUACACACACACACACAUUCUUACACAAACACAAAACAGUACAGACUAUCCCCCGAAACUCAAUGACCUAUAAUAUGUACUGUAUUUGUUAAUAAGCAUUUAGAUGAAUGCAAAUGCUUUUUGGUGCAUAUUGUCCCUCCUGCAAAGACACUAGUUGACUGACAUUGGAUUAAUGCACACUGUUAACAGUACAGUUGUACAGAAAGUGUUUGUGUAUGUGUGUGAGUUUGUGUAUGAGUGUAUGUAUACUGUGUAUAGGAAAAGGAUAUACUCAUUUGAUAUAUAGUCAGUGCUAAAUGUCCAGUGUUUCUACUUGGAGUCGUACUUAAGAGAAUCUUGCAAUUUGCACAUCAGGAGGAGGGAGAAGGGUGGAGACAUAAUUUUUAACGGCCCUGUCCUGAAACGAGCCCUAGACCACGUAACACACUGGAGGAGACCAGGGUUUUAGUUCCUCAACAGGCACUUAUCACAUUGUAGAGGAAAAGUUUCUACAUCAUGCAGUUAAGGUCAAAUUACAUUUGAGUUUCACAAACAUAACCAUAUCUGUAAACCAGAAUUUUAAUAUGUGCCUGCCUACUGAAUUUACUGACUUUAGUUAAAGAUAUACCAUUUGUAGUGUGUGAAGGAAAAUUGAGACUUGUUUGCCCACUUUUCCUGCUGUUGAAACCAGGGUGUAGGGACUAGGGUGCAGUUUUGAGCACGGCCUGUGCUUUCAGCCAGCUGAAACCCUAUUUUUGCUAAGAUGUAGCAGUUACCUCAACAGAUGUGCUUGCUUGGUUGUUCCAACGUUUAGAGCUUUGUAAGCAAAGCUUUCUCAGUUAAACAUCCUCUCAGGCUUUUUCUUGCAUAUGAAUGCCCGAGUUCUGUUCUUUUUCUGAGCUUGGUUUUUAGAGAUGUAAUGUGAAGUGUGCACCACCUGAUGAUCCUUUGAUUAUACUGCGUAAAGUAUUGUCUUUAUUUUUUCUCCAACGUCAGUGUAACUGAAAUACACUGAUGUUUUAGAUUUGACAAAUUGAAAUUCAAAAUGAAAUUGGCAAAAAUGUAUCCGUGGUGGUGGACACACGUGGUCUGGGAUUCAAUAUGUUCUGAUUGUACGGUGCCAUUCAACAUGUAAGUGUUUCUCUCAUGCUGCAUGUAACAAUGCAGUAUGAUCAUGCACUGUAGUUAGAUUAGCAUGUGCAGGUUGCUGGCAUAAUAGUGUUGUUAAGGAGGUGGAGAAGAAGGUGGCUUCCUGCGGGCAUAUCUGUUGAGCUUUCUACUCAGCCACUGUAUUUAGGUGUGAGGUAUUUUUUUUCUCUAAGAAGUGAAUCAGUCAUAUUUUCAUCCCACUGAUAAUGUCGGUUUAGCUGUGUGGCGGCAACGCUGUUUCCGGUGGUGGGAGUGUACCAGGGUGAUGGCAGGAUAGAUGUGUGCUCAGAUGGAUGAGGAAUGGAUGGAUAGGUGGUUGAAUGUGCAGAUGGAUGGUGAUGGUGAGUAGACCCCAUAAGAGAUUUGAAAAGGCUUUAUUUUUUUAUAAUAAAACAGGGUUUCUCAGAUCAACACCACCACAGUAGUGCAUUUUCAUUUCUUCCUUUUCCUAAUGAAACAUCAUGAUCAUUAAUAGUGGAAAAAGGAGUACGUUUGUGUGCGUGCAUGUUUUGCAAUCUGUGUGUGUGCGUGACUGUAUGUUUUGUAAGUGUUUGUUCUUCUUUUUUUUCUUUUUUUUCAUAUUACUUGUUUUUUUGUCCAAACCCCCUUUUCCCAACAAAUGUAAAAGCAGAAACACAACAUCUAAACAAACUUAUCAGCCACUCAGACCAACAAAACCUUUACUGUCAGGUAAAAAAAAAACAAAAAACAUUUUUAGCCAAAGCCAAGCGAUGCUUUUGUUGCUUUGGUUAGUUUAGAAAGCAAUAGUUCGACAAUAUUCAGGCACUGCUUGUGUAUAAGUGGACACACACACACACACACACACACACACACACACACACACACACACACACACACACACAGUCAUUCCACUCAAAUUCUCUGCAAUAAACAUUUAAUAAUAAUCCUCUAGCAUUACAACCAAAACAACUCCUCCUUUCUUCCCUUAGAGAGAAAAACAAUCUUGUCACAUACUGGAACUUGUUUUUAGAAGCUAAUAUACCUGAACACGACUCUCUGCUUCAGUUAACACUAUUCCCUCUUAUCAUAAAGUCGAUUUAAACAUAGAAAUCGCAGUUGGAGCUCCAGUUGCUAGUUUUUUCAGGGAAGUGUCUCAUAUAUGCAGUAACUGAACAUAACCCCCAAAACCUCCACUGUCCCAGCUGGUCCGAGUCCUGAACUCUGUUGUCAAGCUUGCAGGUGAGCGUAUGUCACGCGCACCUGAAAAGUAACCAGCAGACGUUUUUGACUUCGCCCAGGUCUGCCUCGUUGCCACGACUCCCGUAGUGACCUCGUUAACUUUGUUUCAGGUACCCAAUCAUAGCCAGCCAGCCUCACAAGCACCUCCUCCUCCUCCUGAGGCAAAGCAAUCAAUUAACUCUCAACAACCGUUAGCUACCUUUCAGUGUGGCCUUGCCUGGAUAUAACAGGGCUGGCCUGGACUGCCUGUUCCCCUCGUAACAUCAACUUUUGAUAUUCGGUCUCCUUUACUAGCUUAUACAGGUCAUUGUGUUUAUACUUAAGUGGAAAUGCAUGCUUAAUAAUAAGACUAUGAAACAAAGCAAUCUGAAUUGUAGACACAUUGUGAAUGCAGGAGAGGUGAACGGCACAUCAUUACGUUUUUUGAGGGUUUGGUGUAGUUUUAAUUUUGUUAAGAUAAUCCCAAGUUUAACCUUUUUAUCCCCUUGAAAUGUACCACAAUGUGCAAUACUUACAUUUUGUCCCCCACCCCACCCUUUGCUGUGCCAAGUGUAUGUAGCAUAGUCCUACUCCAGUGUCUCAUCCUUUCUAAUGGCUUGUGUAUUUUACUGUCUGUUGAUGUGUGUGUCACAUCUGUAAAGCGAGAGUCAGGAUGUUCGUGAAGAGAAACAAAACCAAUGGAGAGUUUGUCUGUACCUCUCUUUCCCUUUUGUCCUUGCGGCCUUCCUAAAUUUGAGUGUGUGAGAGACUGUGUCAUGUCUCCUCUGUAUGUGUGUGUGUGUGUGUGUGUGUGUGUGUGUGUGUGUCUGCACCAUAUGUCAUGUGUGUAGUAUGUGUGCUUGCGUACACCUGUGUUCAAAUGUGUAUGAGCGUGUUAGGGUUUUGAGUGUAUGAGGCAUGUGUGCGUAAUGGAGUGUUUUCUCCUCUAAAUGUCUGUGAGAUCGUAAACCCUGACCCUCAACGGUUCACGGUGAAACCCACAGAAAAAAGAAACCUCAUUGCUAGUGGGGACCACUUUUGUAAAAAAACGAAAAACAAAAAAAGUUUUAAAAAAAAUAAAUAAAUACAACAACCAACCAACAGAGAUGCACAUGUAAGUAGAUGUAAAAGACUUGAUAAUGUUUCAGCACUUUCUAAUCCUAGGAUGGGCUUGGUCUAACCCCUCUGUCUCAGACCGAUACCUUCCCUAGGGGUAACAUUCAUUCAAAACAGACAGAGAGAAUGAGAAUGAAAAAAGGAGGAGAAUAAGGAUGAAAAAAAAGAGAGAUGGCUCAGUUUAAGUUUUUGCACAUCACCUUGCCGUAACCUUGUGUUUAUCUGUCUGUGCUCCAUCUCGCUUGGCGCCCGGCGCGUUCUUGGGUCCAACGGGCCGAGGUGUUAGGUGGUUCCUUGGUUCUUUUCCACUAGGAAAACCUUUUCUCAUGGAAUGCAUCCCCUCUUUUGUUGUGUUCGGGUUUGUUUGGAAUCUUUUCCACCGUACACCAACCAGGCUGUGCCCUUAAUUAGGCUUUGUUUUGUUCACAUUUUUGAGUUCUAAUUCGGCAGAUACGUUUUAUUUGUUUGCAUUAUCUUUGGUGCAGGAGCUUUUUCUGUGUUUUUGGUCUCCUUGUAGCACUCAGUAUAAUGUCAGGGGACUUACAACUAUGUAGAGAAUGUGUCAUUGUUGAGUUUUUAUGACAAGCUUCCUCACUGGAGGAACACUGCUAAUGUCUUUUUUUUUUCUUUUCAUUUUUUUAAAUUGGCUUCUUGCACAGUUUUACAAAUAAUAUGAAUGUUGGUGUGUGAGCUUUGACUUUUUGAUCAGAAAAAAAGGCAUGUGUGCUCUUUGUUUCUUGAUGUUUGUACUUUCAUUUUGCAAAAAGGAUGUGUUUUUGGCACUUUGUCGUGUUUAAAAGUGAACAGAAUUCGAUCAGGAUUCCUUUUUUUUCAUUCUUUUUUUUUUUCUUUUCCUUUUUUUGUAUGACGUCGUCAAUGUCCAUAGCGCUGGAUAACCAACUCAGGCAGAAAGAAAAAAAAAUACUUGUAGAGACCCACUUAACAGUUUAGUUUCACCCCAAUCAAAUUACAUAGUGGGCUGUUUCAUAUGGGUUAUAAGAUAUGUAAAUUUAUUACAUAUAAUUUGAUAUGAUUAACAAAUGUCAUUAUUGACAAUUAACUAUGAAUUAUUAUUAUGAUAUUAUGUGUAUUAUGCUGGAGAUGGCUUUGAUUACUCUUCAGUGUACUGAACGUCUUUGUUCUGCCUCUCUGUGCAAGGCAACAAACACUUCAGCAGGGGACAGGCUGUACGGUUCGUGACCUCUGACCCUGCCCACUGCCACGGAUGGGGUGGAGCUUAUCUGUCAGCUGUGGCUCAUUUGAUUCCUCCCCCCUGUUCUGAACACUCAGCCCUGAGGCUAGCAACCAGUCUGUCUAGAUGUUUCUCUGCUAACCUGUGACACCAAGUACUGAACUAAAACUUUUUGGCCCUCGAGACGUUGGCAGAGAACCAGACAUCAGCACAGACCUGCACGGACAGUCUGGCCUGCAGGGAGCCGCAGCAGUUCCCAGCCAACUUGUUUGUACUAUAUUGUACUCACCAAGUCCCUGUGUCUCACCACCCCUUUCCUCUAUAGCAAUGGAGAAACCCUAUUGGUGUAUGUAUUUGACAUCUGUACAAAUGCACCUCUUUGAAAAAGAAAAUGAAACCUUGACAUAUCUGGAAUAAA